GAGGGAGGUGGCCGCUCAAUCCCAGGGGCACAGCUGGCAGUCGGGCAGCAGGCAGUUGGGCCACGUGGUCCUCUCCCCAGUCUGGUUCCUCUACAACCUGCUCAUGAAGCUGUUCCAGCGCUCCACCCCGGCUAUCACCCUCGAGAGCCCGGACAUCAAGUACCCGCUGCGGCUCAUAGACAAGGAGAUCAUCAACCAUGACACCCGGCGGUUCCGCUUUGCCCUGCCGUCACCCCAGCAUGUCCUGGGCCUCCCUGUUGGCCAGCACAUCUACCUCUCGGCCCGGAUCGAUGGAAACCUGGUCAUUCGGCCCUACACGCCCGUCUCCAGUGACGACGACAAGGGCUUCGUGGACCUGGUCAUCAAGGUUUACUUCAAAGACACCCACCCCAAGUUCCCCAGCGGAGGGAAGAUGUCCCAGUACCUGGAAGGCAUGAAGAUCGGGGACACCAUCGAGUUCCGGGGCCCGAACGGGCUGCUGGUCUACCAGGGCAAAGGAAAGUUCGCCAUCCGUCCGGACAAGAAGUCCAACCCAGUCAUCAAGACGGUGAAGUCUGUGGGCAUGAUCGCGGGCGGGACAGGCAUCACCCCGAUGCUGCAGGUGAUUCGCGCCAUCAUGAAGGACCCGGAUGACCACACCGUGUGCCACCUGCUCUUUGCCAACCAGACCGAGAAGGACAUCCUGCUGCGGCCGGAGCUGGAGGAACUGAGGAACGAACACUCCGCGCGCUUCAAGCUCUGGUUCACGGUGGACAAAGCCCCCGAGGUUUGGGACUACAGCGAGGGCUUCGUGAACGAGGAGAUGAUCCGGGACCACCUCCCGCCGCCGGAGGAGGAGCCGCUGGUACUGAUGUGCGGGCCGCCGCCCAUGAUCCAGUACGCCUGCCUGCCCAACCUGGACCGCGUGGGCCACCCGAAGGAGCGCCUCUUCACCUUCUGAUGGCCGGGCACUGCUGCGCGCAUGCCCGCCCCCGCCCCCCCCGCCACCUUUACCCUCACCCCCCACAUCCCUCACUGUGGCCCGAGCUCGGCCUGGCCUGCCCAUGCCCGCCCGGCGGUCAACCUGCUGGGCUGGCCCCCAAGGCGCCCCUUCGGGAUCAGGGUUCGGUUACUGUAGACGCCACGGCCGCCUUCAGGACAGGCUCCUGUCUGACCCUCUGGUUCUUACAGUGAUGGCGCCUGGGCGCAGUCCCUCCCUCAGCCCCACUCCGCACACUACUGGGCCAAGGCCGCCAGCACCCAGCUCCACUGCCCUCCCAGAGCAGACCACAGGCGGAAAUGACCGGAAAUACACGGCAGUCAGAGCUGCGGGUGCCGGGGACUCCCCUGCCACCACCUGGGGACCCCCGCCAGCGCCCUCACUACCUGCCACGGGGCCAGGCCAGGCGUCAGCACCUGACACUACAGGGCAGGUACCACCCAAAGGUCCCCUUGGCAGGGACUGCUGGGGUGAGAGGCUGCCCCCCCAGGGCUGGGAGGAGGGGCCGGCUGAGGGCCCCCCCCCGGCACAUGGCCCUCCCAGACCCUCCACAUCUUCCCCAUGCACCCAGACACUGGGCAGCUUUGGGAGUUCCAAGCCGUCGGCUCGGUGGUUAGAGCGACCACUUCAGGGUGCUGGGCCCCAGCCCUGACGGCAGAGGGAGGACAGAGCUACUGGUUAUUUCUUCUUCUGCCCCGAACCCGCCCUCCUGCUGCCUGCGCCCCCGCCCUGCGUGGGGGAGACUUAGCAGAGCCUCUUGUCCGCGCCACAUUCUCAGUGGCCGCGUCGUUGCCUUUAGACAGCAGUGGGCUAGCCUCUUGCCUAUCAGCUUUUUCAGAGUCAUUUAUGAGCAGAAAAAAGUUGAAAUAAAACUUCGCUAAUGGUAA